UACUUUUCGGUAGUAUCAGGUAGUAUAAGCUUUUAAUAGGUAGUAUUGGUUUGAAAGGUCUGAGGUCAUGUUCUGAGACUAUUGUUUAGCAUGAACUGAUGCCAUCAGAUGGUUGUGGGUACCAGCUGCACACACGGUCUCGCUCACACACACACACACGCCUGCGCCCACACACACACAUUAGACUGCGCGGGCAAGCAGACAUGAUGUUUUCAGAGGGAAUGGACCUGAACCGGACUUUCAGGAUGGACCCGUACGAUCAAGACUGGAUGUCGGCGCCACAGCAGCAGCUGACCCGCAGCGGCCACCAUGUGGUGUCGCUGUUCUUGGGUUCCAUCAUGGUGUUCGGGGUCCUCAACAACCUGCUGGUUCUGGUUCUGUUUUGCAAGUUCAAGACCCUGCGGACCCCUGUGAACGUGCUGCUUCUCAACAUCAGCGUCAGCGACAUGCUCGUCUGCGCAUGUGGGACAACCCUUAGCUUCGUGUCCAGUCUACAUCAUCGCUGGUUGUUCGGUCGGCUCGGAUGCGUCUGGUACGGAUUCAUCAACUCAUGCUUUGGUAUCGUGUCUCUUGUAUCGCUGGCCUUGCUGUCCUACGAGCGCUACAGCACACUGCUGGUCUACAACAAACAGACGUUGGACUACAGGAAGCCUCUGCUUGCAGUGGGAGGGGCUUGGCUGUACUCUUUGGCGUGGACAUUACCACCCCUGCUGGGCUGGAGCAGCUACGGGCCUGAGGGAACCGGAACCAGCUGCUCCGUCGCUUGGACUGAGCCCACGUCUCGCUCGCACUCCUACAUCAUCUGUCUGUUCAUCUUCUGCCUGGGCCUGCCUGUCCUGAGCAUGGUGUACUGCUACAGCCGUCUGCUGCACGCUGUCAAACAGGUGGGGAGAAUUCGACAUACCGCGGCAAGACGACGCGAGUUCCACAUCCUGUUCAUGGUUGUGGUCACGGUGGGGUGCUUCCUCCUCUGCUGGAUGCCUUAUGGCGUCGUCGCCAUGAUGGCCACGUUCGGCCAGCCGGGUCUCAUCAGCCCGGUGGCGAGCGUGGUGCCUUCCAUCCUUGCCAAGAGCAGCACCGUCUUCAACCCAGUCAUCUACAUCCUGAUGAACAAGCAGUUUUACCGCUGCUUCCUGACCCUGUUCCACUUCCGGCACCACAUGACAGAGAACGUACACUCUGUCCCAUCCAGAACAACUGUGGUCCAUCUAAACCGUUUGAUCGGGGACAACAGCCUUCUCCCAGCUGCCAACACUGCCAAAACCUUAGCCAAACACUGUGACACAGAGGGCACCUGUGCCAUCAUGACAGAAAAAACUGAACCUUCCGACAACCUGACUACUUGACAAUGAAACCGCCUGACAAUGUAACUACUUGACAAUCAGUGACGUGUGCAUAUGUUCACAAUAUUUUUUGAAAUGUAACUUAAAAGUAAUAUGCUCUAAUCAAUGUUAAUACAGGUUGUUUGAUAGAAGAAGAACAAGAAAACUAAGAGAAUAGUUCUGUCAGGAACUUGUUUUGAGUUGUUUGGCAGACCCCAGGAUGCAGAGAGAGGGUAAGGUGCAAUGAUCCAUCCAUCCAUCCAUCAUCUUCCGCUUAUCCGAGGUCGGGUCGCGGGGGCAGCAGCCUAAGCAGGGAAGCCCAGACUUCCCUCUCUCCAGCCACUUCGUCUAGCUCUUCCCGGGGGAUCCCGAGGCGUUCCCAGGCCAGCUGGGAGACAUAGUCUUCCCAACGUGUCCUGGGUCUUCCCCGUGGCCUCUUACCAGCUGGACGUGCCCUAAACACCUCCCUAGGGAGGCGUUCGGGUGGCAUCCUGACCAGAUGCCCGAACCACCUCAUCUGGCCCCUCUCGAUGUGGAGGAGCAGCGGCUUUACGUUGAGUUCCUCCCGGAUGG